AUGAAAGAUGAUGUGUGCUCAAAACUUUCCAAAGGACACCCAUCACUGCUACCAGGAGUUUUCACAUUGUUUUGUCCACAUGGAAUAUGCUAUGGUUUCCAAGUAAUGAAGUGUCAUGAAUCACCAGAUGUUCCAUUUACACUGUUAAGAACAAGAUUCAGGAAAGCUCCAAAAUUAGUCAUAUAUGACAAUGCUUGCUCUUUGCAAGCUUAUUGUCUGAACAGAGAUGCCAAUUUCUUUUUGGAAACACAGUUUAGAGUUGAUGGAUUGCACUUCAAAAACCAUAAAGCUUGUGGACCUAGUUUCGAAUUAAAGAGUUAUCCACAGUUUACAGAUUUAAAUUCACAAGUGGUUGAGCAAUCGAAUUCGAGAUUACAGCGUGUUAAAGGAUCAUUAUCGUACAUGACUCAGUUGAAUUUUAUGAAACAUUGUAAAUAUUAUUUAUGGGGACAAAAUGAUGAAAUUCUCUCUAAGAUUUAA